GUCAGUUUCUAAAAUUUCAUAUUUCUUUUAAAAUGGCUCCUGCUCGGAGUAUAUUGGGUUUUAUUAGUCAAAAAACAAUAAAUGCCGCUUUUAAAACUAAUAUAUCUAAAACUGGAAGUAGAUUCGUGCACAAAUGUAACAGUUGCAAUAAUUUUUUAAACGGACCUUGCGUAUCAAUGGCACCGCACGGUCUAAAAAAUGUUAAAUAUAACGAAGUCGGUUCAAAACACCGAUUCAUACACACUACUAGCACUUUUAAUGCGCGUGUCGACUACUAUAAAGUACUCGGCGUGCCUAGAAAUGCGUCGGCAAAAGAUAUUAAAAAGGCAUAUUACCAGUUAGCUAAGAAGUAUCACCCAGAUGCAAAUCAAUCUGAUCCAGAAGCUUCUAAAAAGUUCCAAGAGGUGUCUGAAGCCUAUGAGAUUCUGUCCGAUGAGGGCAAACGUAAACAAUAUGACACAUUUGGCACAACUUCAGAGCAAAUGGGCAUGGGUGGUGGACCUACUGGAAACGAUGGCUUCACCCACCAGUGGCAGUAUAAAUCAACAAUAGACCCAGAGGAGCUGUUCCGGAAAAUAUUUGGAGAUGCUGGUUUCAAAAGUGAAAGUUUCAGUGAUUUUGCUGAAAGUCAGUUUGGUUAUGGUGCAGCUCAGGAAGUUAUUGUCAACCUUCGGUUUACUGAGGCCGCCCGGGGAGUGAAUAAAGACAUUAACCUAAACGUUGUGGACACCUGUCCAAAAUGCCAGGGAACUCGGUGUGAGCUUGGCACAAAGGCUAUCAAGUGCACAUAUUGUAAUGGAACUGGCAUGGAGACUUUUUCAAGAGGCCCAUUUGUAAUGCGUUCCACUUGUAGACAUUGCCAUGGAACUAGGAUGCUGAUUAAGUUCCCCUGUGUAGAGUGUGAGGGAAAGGGAUCAUCGGUCCAACGUAAGAAAGUGACAGUACCAGUUCCUGCUGGGGUUGAAGACGGUCAGACAGUGCGGAUGGCUGUGGGGAAUAACGAGGUCUUCAUUACAUUCAAAGUGGAAGCGUCAAAUUACUUCCGACGAGAUGGAGCUGAUGUGCACACCGAUUGCACUAUCUCUGUAUCACAAGCAUUACUAGGUGGUACAGUUAGAAUACAGGGAAUCUAUGAGGAUCACACAUUACAGAUAAUGCCGGGCACGUCGUCUCACAGCACAAUUCGGCUGUCCAAGAAAGGCAUGAAGAGGGUCAGCCAGCAUGGUUACGGUGACCACUAUGUGCACAUUAAAAUACAGGUUCCAAAAUCGUUGAGUAAGAAGCAGAAGGCUUUGAUAAGCGCGUACGCGGAAAUUGAAGACGACACCCCGGGCCAGAUACACGGUGUAUCGUAUGACAGAGAUGACGCAUCCAAAACCAAAACAAAUAGCAGCGCAACCGAUAGCCAAAAUAUACACCACGCUAACCGCGACUCCGAGGAAACGUCGAAACCAAAAUGGACCUUAUUCGAUAGUCUAUUACAUGCAUAUCAGAAUAACAAAGCGGCUUUUUUGUCAGGUUUCUUGUUCGCCGCUGUAAUGUGUACAAUGAUAUUAUUGAGUGACCCCGAAAACAGUACUCAGGCCACCCCGUACUUAAAUAAAGAUCUUCCGGGCACCGAAAUGGACGUACCCCUCGGUUACCAAAAUCAAAUACGUAAGCAGAAGGAAAAUAACCCUAACUUGUAUGAGGCAUAAUUUAUUGUAGGCGUAUAUCCAUCCCGCAGGUUGUCAAAGUUAUUUGUUGAUUAAAUAUCACAUUAUCUUUACUUAUUUGUAGUAUUAAAAGAGGCGGCGUGAUAUUUAAACAAGUAAUUAGCACCUUAAAAUAAUGGUAAAAUUUUAACUAAAAGAGAUAAAAUCGGCUAAUUUACUUAAAGUAAAAAAAUACUUGUUUGGUUAACAAGACGUAAUGUUAAUUAAAUUCGUUAAGACAUUCUUUUAAAUACAAUCAUGAACAGUAAUUAUAAUUACUAUGAGUAACUUGGGGUCCU